AUCCCGCACCCAACUUGCCGUGUAUGGAUGGAAAGAGGCUGCGGCAAUCUGUGACGCCGGCUGACCCCGUGUACAAGGUGCUCGGCGACGACAACCUACUCAUCGAGAUCCUCCUCCUAAUCGGCUACCCAACUACCCUCGUCCGCGCUGCUCUCGUCUGCAAGCGCUGGCUCUGUCACGCCUCGGACCCCGCCUUCCUCUGCCGCUUCCACAAGCUCCACCCGCCCCGUCUCCUUGGCUUCUAUGUCGACACCGGGAGGUUUUGUAGCAGCUCACGCUUCGUGCCGAUGCUACCGCGCCCCCCAGAGUUCAACGCCAUCAUCCGCUCUGCAAGCUCCAUCCUGGAUGCCUGCAGUAACACACAUAAAUUCGUCUUGGACUCCUGCAAUGCAACGUCUUCAUGAACACGUUCAAGAACUACAUUGGAGAUCCUGGAUCAAAAAAUAUAGUGCUCAGCCCCCUCUGCCCUGAGAGGGGUAUGGUCGUCAUCCCACCAUACCCACGACACAAACUCCAGGAUGGCUAUUUCUGCACUUUCAGUGAACU